CUCUCCACUCGUCGAGCUUCGGUUUUCCAACGACGGCUCUGCCAACUCAGUCCAGUCUCUGCCCAGUAUCCGGCGCCUUCUUCCAGAGAGAAACCCAUUCUCUCCGACAGAAACUGCAGCUUGGAUUUAAGCUCUCUUCAGGAUUUAGGAGCCUUUGAAAACAGAGGCAGCUAGAAGUAAAUUAAAUGGAGAUAGAUUUGGGGAAACUUGCAUUUGACAUUGACUUUCAUUCAUCGGAUCAGCUUGUUGCUGCAGGAUUGAUUAAUGGUGACCUGCAUUUAUACCGUUAUAACCCUGAUAGCACACCUGUAAGAUUGUUGGAAGUUCAUGCGCACACUGAGUCUUGCAGAGCUGUUCGCUUCAUUAAUGAUGGACGUGCACUGUUGACGGGUUCUCCAGAUUGCUCAAUCUUGGCAACAGAUGUUGAAACUGGAUCUGCCAUUGCCCGUCUUGAUAAUGCCCAUGGGGCUGCAGUCAAUAGAUUGAUAAAUUUGACUGAGUCAACUGUUGCAACAGGAGAUGACGAAGGGUGUAUCAAGGUAUGGGAUACUAGGCAACGUUCUUGUUGCAAUUCAUUUGAUGCCCAUGAAGAUUACAUUUCAGACAUGACUUUUGCAUCUGAUGCAAUGAAGCUGUUGGGAACAAGUGGCGAUGGGACUCUAUCUGUUUGCAAUCUUCGAAGAAAUAAAGUCCAAGCUCGAUCUGAGUUCUCAGAAGAUGAGCUUCUGUCUGUUGUUAUAAUGAAGAAUGGCAGGAAAAUUGUCUGUGGAUCACAAACUGGAACCCUGUUACUGUAUUCAUGGGGAUAUUUCCAGGAUUGCAGUGACCGGUUUAUUGAUCUCUCAUCAAACUCUAUUGAUGCUUUGUUGAAGCUUGAUGAGGACCGUAUCAUCACUGGAUCAGAGAAUGGGAUAAUCAAUCUGGUCGGAAUAUUGCCCAACAGAGUCAUCCAGCCAAUUGCGGAGCACUCAGAAUAUCCUAUUGAACGACUUGCUUUUUCUCAUGAUAGAAAGUACCUUGGCAGUAUUGCACACGAUCAUAUUUUAAAGCUAUGGGACCUGGAUGAUAUACUACAAGGUUCAAAAAGCACACAAGGGAAUGAAACGGAGGUGAUUGAUAGCGACGGGGAUGAGAUGGAUGUAGAUGCUAAUCCUUCUAAGAGUGAUAAAGGGACCAAGAGAAAGAAUGCAAGUAAUGGCCAUGCUAUAGGUGGCUCCAACAAUUUUUUUGCGGAUUUGUAGAUUGCUGGAACAAAAAUUUGCUGUUUGUGUUGAUCCUCCAAGAAAGGUGUCAGUAUCGGCUUGCACAAGUCAAGGUUGCCAACUCCUGGAGAAGCUCUCCUGGUUGGAUAAUUUUGGUAGUGAUAAACAAGAGAUAAAUACGUAAAUGGUGUUUUUUGUGAUCUUGAUUUCCAAAUGGUUGGAAUCUGAAGUUUCUUUUGGUUUUGAUAGCAUGCCAUGUUUUCCGGGAAUACAAUAUGAUAGUGUUAUCCAUGCCAGUUUUGCAUCUUUAUAUCACACUUUAUUGUCAAGCAGCGGUUUCCAUGUAAA